UACAAUCCCGAUGAGCUGCCAAGGUGAGUGCGCGUUCGGUGCUGUUGAGGUUACCCCGCUAUCGCCGCUGCCUUGCGCCCGAGCCACGGUGGUGCGAGGCGAGGGCGGGAGCUGUCAAAGGACGCUCUGGAACCCGUUUAGCUGCCGUGCAAUCGCCGCGAACUCGGGUCAUUCCCCAUUCUAUGGUGACGUGAUAGCGAGAGCUAACCGACUUUUGAAACCAGAUUCGCAGAACCUGAGCCGGUAAGGACGCACGCGCCGCCAAUCUCUUUUUCUCCCGUCCCUGAUUACCCCCCCUGCCCGAUGAACCCCUCUCUCAUCCAUCUAUACGAGUUGCCCUUGAAUCCAUUCCACCGAAACUAACACCACCUUUCCUCCGGUCGUAGAAAGGCGGCGUAAAACACUCAUCUUCCACAUCGUCUCGUUACGAUUCCAAGCCGCCGCCGCCGGUCCCUACUACUCGACACGACUCUAUCCCACAAAAUCGACGCCCCGACGCUGGACGUCUGACCCCUACCGGGUACAGCACAUCCCCACAUUCACCCAGCUACAGCAACCAUAGCGGCAGUUACGGCGGAAACAACUACGACCAGAAUUACCGGCCAAACCUUCAGUCGACGAUGUCCCCACCACCAACCGCAUCGGGGCCGCGACCCGUGGCCCAGAAUCGCCCACCUCCGUCUAGUCGGCCGCCGCCCUCUCCCAGCUCUGUAGAUGGCGCCGCCGACCCCACUCUACUGCCACUAUUCAGAGCUGUCGAUAAAGACGGCACGGGCCAGCUUUCCGAGAAGGAGCUCUCGGCUGCGCUCGUAAACGGGGACUGGACCGCCUUCGACUCACAGACGGUGCGCAUGAUGAUACGCAUGUUCGAUAGCGACCGAUCCGGCACCAUCGGGUUCGAGGAGUUCUGCGGUCUAUGGUCGUUCCUCGCCUCGUGGCGCGCGCUAUUCGACCGCUUCGACGCCGACCGCAGCGGCAACAUCAGCCCCGAUGAGUUCAGCAAUGCCCUCAUCGCUUUCCGGUACCGUCUCAGCCCCGGCUUCGUCGAUCUGCUGUUCCGCACCUACGAUAAGCGCAACGAGGGCGUCAUGAGCUUCGACCUGUUCGUCCAAGCGUGCAUCUCCCUCAAGCGCAUGACGGACGUGUUCAAGAAAUACGACGACGACCGCGACGGUUAUAUCACACUGAGCUUCGAGGACUUCCUCAUGGAGAUCCUGAAGCAGCUCAAGUGAUUGAUGCGAGCGGAUCCACCUAGGUAUAUCGUCAUCGCUGGCCGUUUUCGACACCCCCGGGCCAGGAGGAGGAGGGACGGAGAGACAGGAGGGCUUUUUUAUUAUUAUUACAUGUAUGGGCUCUAUAUGUGGGUAUAUCAUCAUCCGUAAACCUUUGCAUAGGGGUGUCAAGGGACGGGCAAAUAGACAGGUCCCGGCUAGGGAUGUGUGUAGCUACGGGCCGAGCUACUAUAUUUCAUGAUCGUCAACACGUAACGAGUGGAGAGUCGGAUCUCACGUAUUCCAUGAUUCCCAAGUCUUUUUUUUUUCUCCCUCCUUUCCGCUUGGCUUCUGUUUUAUUUGAAAAGAAAAUGCACAUUCCCUGGGUGCGGUCUAACUUCUAGAAACCUAACCUCGUUCGUCCAGUGAGUAGGUAUGCCGUCGCUGAACGGCGAUUAUAGAAUACCAAAACGUCACAUCUGCAC